UUGCUUGGUCAGCGGUGUGUUUUCUGCAAGUUUGCAGUGACAAAAAAAUAAGUUUGUUUGAACAAAGAUUUGGUGCAAAGUUUAAGUCCGCGGGGGUCGCCUGAACAGAACAGAGAAAUACCGCUGCAGACAGGCGCAGGAAAAAUAAACACAGGCGUCCGCAACAGAGAACUGCUUCAAAUCCCAUUAUGAUGUCACCGGUCACCCUGAACCUAUCGCACCUGCUCCCUCCCACCUCCCUGUCCAGCCUGGCUCGCGAUUGGCUGGCAGAGGAUGCUGUGAACUUCGACCCCGCGGGGGUGUGCGUGGGAGACAGGGAGCAGACUUUAGCUCUGCUGUGCAAGACUCCUGGCGGAGUGCUCGCUGGUGUCCCCUUUUUCGACGCCGUUUUUAAUGAACUGGGGUGUGCGGUGGACUGGUUUUACCCCGAGGGGACCCAGUUGGGACCGGAACCGGUGACCAGAACCGCCCUGGCGGGGCCGGCCCGAAAUCUGUUGCUGGGCGAGAGGCCGGCGCUCAACUGCCUGGCCAGAGCCUCAGGGAUCGCGACUCGCUGUCGCCUCCUGCUGGCCACGGUUAAGAAGGCAGGCUGGGCUGGGGGUGUGGCCGGGACCAGGAAGACCACCCCUGGCUUCCGAUUGGUGGAGAAGUAUUCCAUGCUAGUGGGGGGCGUGGCCACACACAGGCAUGACCUCAGUGGGAUGGUGAUGCUGAAAGAUAAUCAUGUGUGGGCUUCUGGAAGUAUAACACAGGCAGUCUCGGACACGCGUCGGGUUUGUGGCUUCUCCUCUAAGAUCGAGGUGGAGUGUCGCUCGGAGGAGGAGGGGAGGGAAGCAGCGAGGGCCGGAGCAGAGAUAAUCAUGCUGGAUAACUUCACUGCACAGGGCGUCCACGCUGCCGCUGCCUCCCUGAAGCGGGAGUUCCCCUCGGUUCUGAUCGAGGUGAGCGGGGGGCUGACGGAGGACAACCUCCCCCUCUUCCUCUCCCCGUCCGUCGACAUCGUCUCCCUCGGCUGCAUCACCCAGGGCUGCCCCGUCAUUGACUUCUCUCUCAAGAUCCAGCGUAGCCACGGCAACGGAACCUCCGCCACCAGCCCCGCCCACAGCGACCACUCCGCCUGCAGCAGCAGCAAUCCCGCCCCUUCUCUGGACACGCCCACCAGCAGGCGGGACUUUGCUUUCUGACACGCCCCCAACACAAAGCAGAGGCCACGCCCCCUUAACAAAAAAAAAAACUUCACAGAGGCAAAAGGUUUGCAUCACCUAGCAUUUUAAGAUUGAGAGAUAAAUUCAAAUUAUAAUGAACAUAAUUUUAGAUCUUUUAUUUAUCAUGCAAUCAAAAGAACUUGAAAAUGAUAUCCCCGCAAAAAAGGCAUAAUCGCAGUACAGUAAGUAUUUCAUGGUAGAUUUCAAAAUGUCACGUUUUUCCAGUCGGUUUUUCUAUUAAGUAUCUGGGGAAAACUCCAAAGCGCUGGGUGUGGAAUUCAAUAUGUUAACAAGGGAACAUUAUUCAGCAGCUUUCAUUGGACUCUAUGAAGCUGAGGGAGUUCAUUCUAUAUAGAGGGUGUGGAAUUCAAUAUGUUAACAAGGGAACAUUAUUCAGCAGCUUUCAUUGGACUCUAUGAAGCUGAGGGAGUUCAUUCUAUAUAGAGGGUGUGGAAUUCAAUAUGUUAACAAGGGAACAUUAUUCAGCAGCUUUCAUUGGACUCUAUAAAGCUGAGGGAGUUCAUUCUAUAUAGAGGGUGUGUAAUUCAAUAUGUUAACAAGGGAACAUUAUUCAGCAGCUUUCAUUGGACUCUAUGAAGCUGAGGGAGUUCAUUCUAUAUAGAGGGUGUGGAAUUCAAUAUGUUAACAAGGGAACAUUAUUCAGCAGCUUUCAUUGGACUCUAUGAAGCUGAGGGAGUUCAUUCUAUAUAGAGGGGGUGGAAUUCAAUAUGUUAACAAGGGAACAUUAUUCAGCAGCUUUCAUUGGACUCUAUGAAGCUGAGGGAGUUCAUUCUAUAUAGAGGGGGUGUAAUUCAAUAUGUUAACAAGGGAACAUUAUUCAGCAGCUUUCACUGGACUCUAUGAAGCUGAGGGAGUUCAUUCUAUAUAGAGGGGGUGCAAUUCAAUAUGUUAACAAGGGAACAUUAUUCAGCAGCUUUCAUUGGACUCUAUGAAGCUGAGGGAGUUCAUUCUAUAUAGAGGGGGUGGAAUUCAAUAUGUUAACAAGGGAACAUUAUUCAGCAGCUUUCAUUGGACUCUAUGAAGCUGAGGGAGUUCAUUCUAUAUAGAGGGGGUGGAAUUCAAUAUGUUAACAAGGGAACAUUAUUCAGCAGCUUUCACUGGACUCUAUGAAGCUGAGGGAGUUCAUUCUAUAUAGAGGGGGUGGAAUUCAAUAUGUUAACAAGGGAACAUUAUUCAGCAGCUUUCAUUGGACUCUAUGAAGCUGAGGGAGUUCAUUCUAUAUAGAGGGGGUGGAAUUCAAUAUGUUAACAAGGGAACAUUAUUCAGCAGCUUUCAUUGGACUCUAUGAAGCUGAGGGAGUUCAUUCUAUAUGGGGGUGGAAUUCAAUAUGUUAACAAGGGAACAUUAUUCAGCAGCUUUCACUGGACUCUAUGAAGCUGAGGGAGUUCAUUCUAUAUAGAGGGGGUGGAAUUCAAUAUGUUAACAAGGGAACAUUAUUCAGCAGCUUUCAUUGGACUCUAUGAAGCUGAGGGAGUUCAUUCUAUAUAGAGGGGGAUGCAAAACUUUUGGCCAGAGCUGUUGGUGUUAUAUUGUGUGAAACUUUCUGUAGACACCUCUGUGUUGGGUAGCUGCUGUAGUUCUGUGCAGGGUUUUAUAUCAGUGUUAUACAGUGCGGUCCUGCCAGCAUUGCCCUGGGUACAGCGAGGCUCUGCCCAGCACCCAGCACUGUAUAACACUGAUAUAAAACCCUGCACAGAACUACAGCAGCUACCCAACACAGAGGUGUCUAUAGGAAGUUGUAAUCUGGUGCGCUGGCAUUGCAUGCUGGGUGCUGGGCAGAGCCUCGCUGUGCUGUACUGUACCCAGGGCAAUGCUGGCUGAAUAAUUAGUUUAACUAAAUGCCUUUCUGUUAUACAAAAAUACCUGUUUUAGAAUUGUUUUGCUUUUUGGAGUGUAUUAAAAAUGAUAAAAUCACACCCUCACAAAUCAA